AACAUGGACGGACGGGCAACAUGGGACAACCAAAUCGAAUUCUUGAUGUCCUGCAUUGCAACGUCUGUAGGCUUGGGCAACGUGUGGCGGUUUCCGUUCAUUGCUUAUACAAAUGGAGGCGGAGCGUUCCUUAUACCCUACCUCAUUGUUUUGUUUCUUAUUGGAAAACCUAUGUACUACUUGGAGUGUAUACUAGGACAAUUCAGUUCAAGAAAUUCGGUGAAGGUCUGGUCAUUGUCACCUGCAAUGAAAGGUACAGGAUAUGCGCAAGCUAUGAGUUGCGGUUACAUUCUAUCAUACUACGUGUCUAUAAUAGCAUUGUGCCUGUUUUACCUGUCGAUGAGUUUUCAAUCAACGCUACCGUGGUCCGUAUGCGAUGAGGCAUGGGGCAAUGUAUCAUGUGUGCCAUCGAUGCCGGACGGCUCCGUACGGCCCCCCAAUGCCUCUAGCAGCGCUGAACUAUAUUUUACGAAAACAGUCCUUCAGAUGAGUGAUGGCAUUGAAGGUGGACUAGGAGCUCCAAUAUGGUAUUUGACCUUGAGUCUGCUGGUGUCAUGGCUAAUCAUCUUCAUUAUUGUGUCACAAGGAGUAAGAAGUUCCGGCAAAGCUGCAUAUUUCCUUGCUCUGUUCCCUUACGUCGUCAUGAUAAUGCUGCUGAUUAGUACUUGUCUGCUGGAUGGAGCUGGAAAUGGCAUUAAGUUCUUUUUGAGACCGGAGUGGAAGAAACUUGCCGAACUUGAUGUGUGGUACGCGGCUGUAACACAAGUAUUUUUCUCUCUCUCAGUAUGUACCGGAGCUAUUAUUAUGUUCUCCUCUUACAACAAAUUCGAUCAGAAUAUCUACAGAGAUGCCAUGAUUGUAACUACAUUGGAUACGUUCACAAGUUUAUUAUCUGGCAUUACCAUAUUUGGUAUUUUAGGCAACUUGGCACACGAGUUGGGUGUAGGAGUAGGGGAAGUACUUGGAACUGGUGGUACUGGGUUAGCUUUCGUUUCAUAUCCAGACGCAAUCGCCAAAACUUUCCAGCCCCAACUAUUCUCAAUUCUGUUCUUUUUGAUGAUGUCUGUGCUGGGAGUGGGCUCAGGAGUGGCAUUGCUCUCAACCAUCAAUACUGUUUUGUUGGAUGCCUUUCCCAGAGUUCCCACUAUAUAUAUGUCGGCGUUCUCCUGCACUGUUGGAUUUUGUGUCGGUCUCAUCUAUGUCACCCCGGGUGGUCAAUAUAUACUGGAACUAGUCGACUAUUAUGGUGGAACGUUCCUUGUACUAUUCUCUGCCAUUUGCGAAAUUAUUGGCGUGUUCUGGAUUUAUGGUUUGGAGAGCUUCUGCCUUGAUAUUCAGUUCAUGCUGGGAGUGACUACGUCAGUUUAUUGGCGUUUCUGCUGGGGAAUCAUCACUCCAGGCAUGAUGUUAGUGGUGUUUAUAUACGCCCUAACAUCAUUCGAAGCAAUCACAUUCGGCGACUACGUGUAUCCUACUAUGGGAUAUGUCUCUGGAUACUUAAUGUUACUGGUCGGUGUUGUCUUCGUGCCUAUCUUCAUAUUCCUGACAAUGUGGAAGAAUAGGACUGGAGUAUUAUCAAAAACUGCAAAGAAAUCUUUCACAGCGAAAAAAUCAUGGGGCCCGCGUAUACCGGAGUUGAAGGCUAAAUGGGAAGACUUCAAACUGAAUGCACUGAUUGCGCGUCAGCAACUGAGCUUCUCUCGAGCCAAACACAUAUUGUACAGCCUCACUGGUGGAUAUAGUAGUAUAAUUAAUAUUAAUAAUAAUUCUACAAAUACGGGGAAAGCGGAGUCAGGUCCGAACACCAAUGAAGGAUUUGAUAAAUCGCCAGAAAAGUUAAACUUGGAAACACUCGGUACACCACAAGUAAGUUGA